AUGCCUAUGCCUGCGCAGUCUCCUUGGUGGGCGCGGGCGAAUCUCGGGCAGGUCCUGCCUAGCCCAGACCAAGCCCAGAUGGGCUGUGGCCUCGUGGCCCUAGACUUGGAGUGCAUCCACGACCAUGUUCAUGGAAGCUACGCCGCAUUGGGCUGGCAUGAGACAGCUGACCAGUGGUCUUGGAAAGCGCGGUGUCAGAUCAUCGAGCUCGCGGCUGUGAAUCUCAUCACGGGAGAGCCUCUACUACUUCGAAGCCGACCGGAGUUCCAGUGGCAGGACGUCAAGUCCCAAGCCACCCGGCUCUUUGCAGAGCACAGCGGCCACAAGGAGAUCGUCUGCGACCGGUCGCUCCCGCUUUUUGCCCAGCUCUGGACGACUCAGGUGCUACCCUUCCUGCAGCGGGCUGCUGGCUUCACCGGCAAGGUCGUCUUGAUCGCCCACAACGGGGACAAGUUUGACCACUACGUCCUAAACAAGGAGAUCGUCCGUUUGGGUCUGGACAUGAGCCAGUGCCCGCACCUGGUGUCAGCAGAUGCGGUGGCUACUCUGAAGAGCAGGUUCCAGAACGAGACCAUUCGCCAGAUGUACGGCCGGCCUGGACAGCUGUGCCUGAAGCAGAUGUACAUGGCCCACGUGCCCGAGCAACAGCGCGCGGUGGCCCUCCGGGCGCACCAAGCCAUGGACGACGUUCGGAUGAUGCUGGAGGUGAUCCGCUACGGGCCGCACGUGGCAGCUUUGCUGGCGCAGGACAUCUCGAUGGCAGUCCAUGGCAUGGAGGCGCCCGUUGCGAUCUUCUCCAUCUUGCACCGCUUCCAGCACCCAAUCCCAAGCGCGCAGACUCCUAAACAUCAUUCGUCGAACCCCCACACAGGGCGCGCUGCCCUGCAGGAGAGUGGGCCGUUUCAAGUCUCCACUCCCCUGCUCCUCACAUGUCCCGCCUCCCUUGCGGCCCCGGAGCCUCUUCAGCCCAUCCAGCCCCCACAUGGCCCAGCUGCCCAAAACUCCUGGGCCCAGUAUGCUCAGAAUGCUCAGACCCCACCCCAAGCUCCCCCGCAUGCUCGGCCCUGCCUCCGAACGCCUUCUUCCCCAGCUUCCCCGCCGCCCUUUCAGGCUGAGCCCAGUGAGCCCAGUGAGCCCAGUGAUCCCGAAGUCCAGAACUUGAGCCCAAGCUCCGACAGCUCUGGCAGCUCGAGCUCCGAGGCAGAGCACAUAAAGUCCCCACCGACAAGGCUCCAGAACUCCCAGAACCCCCACAACCCACAGAACCCACAACAGAGCCCACAGAGCCCACAGAGCCCGCAGAAUCCGCAGAACCCACAGAGCUCACAAAGCCCACAGAGCCCACGAAACCCACACAGCCCACACAGCCCACAGAGCUCACAGAGCCCACAGAGCCCACAAACCACCCACAAGCAAGCCGACAAUCGGCGCAAGGGCAAGGACAAGGGAAAGAGCCGCCGAGAAGGGAGGUGGAGCGACCCGACAUGGUACGGCUGGUGGGGCUUCUACCCCAACGAGACAAGCUAUUGGGGCUGGAGUGACAAAGACAAAGACGGUCAAGCCGAGCCAUGGCCAGGCACCAGGCGCAACAGGCGCCAGGAUCGCCAUGCCCGUGCCGAGCGCAGGCACGACGAGUCCGCAAGGACAGGCCCGGCUCAGUCUGCGCCAGCCACGAACCACAGUGCCGAGAUGGGCACGAGAAGUUGGCAGUGA